AUGCCGUACAUCUCGGCUCCUGGCCUUCAGCGCCCGGUACAUAACGACACAGGCACGCGCCAAUUCGAAGACCAGCGCAUACGCCGGCUCGACACCACCGUCUUGCGACCUGGCGAAGCUGUGCUCAGGCAGGAUUUCUCUAUCUGGCAGUCACACCGGCAUUGCACGAACAUUUUCGACACGGACGAAGCUCGUGAACACGGCUGGUCGAUCUGGGCCCUCUAUGACGACUACUCCGGGGAUCAGACAACGAAUUUCCUGGUGAAAUACCUCACCUUUACACUCAUCCGCAAUCUAGAGCGUCUGUACCGGGGGACAUUGGGCGAGCAUCAUCCGACGCUCAUCGGCGACGACAGCACUGAGCCGGAAGUGACGUUCGGUGCCAUAGCCCCCGACGCAGCGCAAGUGCACUCCGAAAUCAAAGAUCUCUUCCUUCAGCUGGACCAGGAUAUCGUAGAGCUGCCUGUGGAACAGUUGCGCAAGACAGCCACUGAGGAACCAUCGAUCUACACCAUGUCAGCGAUGAUGCUGCAAGAAGCCCAUUCCGGAUCGCGCGCGCUCUUGUCAUUCUUCGAGGCCCGUCCGCGCCGACUCCAUGUCUCGAACAUCGGCACCUCGCGUGCAGUCCUUGGUCGGCGACGUCCCGGGCAGGACCUGUACGAUGUGCACGUCCUCUCGGCCGAACACACUGCAGGCAACGCGUCGGAAGUCGCGCGCAUCUCGGCGCUCCAUCCAGGUGAGGAGGGGCUGUUUGAAGGGGGCAAAUUCAUGGGCUGGGACUUCACUCGCGCGUUUGGGCAUGGGGCGAUGAAGUGGGCGCGGGACGCGCAGCAGUUCCUGUACGAUAACUAUAUGGGAGACAAACCGAUGGACAGGUGUAAGACGCCUCCGUAUCUCACUGCCGAGCCGGAAACGACGACAGUGGAAAUCCAGUCAGGCGACUUUUUGAUUGUGGCUUCGCAUGGACUCUGGGACUGUCUAACGAGCGAGGAAGCGGUGGGGCUGAUUGGGCUAUGGCUUGAUACCAAAAGAGUACCCCUCGACUCCUUCGAUCUGGACACCCCUCGUCGGAAGUUUUACGAGCGCACCGAUCUUCCUGUCAGACUCGCGGACAACGAGACCCAUUACCGCACCUGGAGAGUCAAGAAGCGGUUCGUGAAUGUCGAUGGCAACGCCGCCUGGCAUCUGACCCGAAAUGCGACGGGCGGUGCGAACGUGGAUGUGCAUGCUGCGUUGACUGAGAUCGGGAUACCAAGGUCCGGGAUGAUUCGUGAUGACAUCGGUGUCAUUGUCACCUUCUUCGAAUGAUAGAGCUCGUGGUUUCCACAAGCGAGGCCAGACGACAACAUAACCAGCAUAUCAGGCGCGGUGGCCUUACAGCGGGUCCAUCUUGCAGUCUGGCGAAUCAUGAUAUCUUGAAUCGCCGCGUGUCAGAUCUUGCGGACCAGCGAUCAUCUCCCGACUCCUCUGCUCUCGUCCAUACAUCUCUCAAGCAAGUAUCGUGAAUGUAUUGUAUCGUCUAAUCAGCAUAUCAUGGUAUUGUGGAUGAUGAUGGUCUGCAAUC